AACGCCUUUUAUUUAUUUUAAACCAAAUCUUUCUCUCCCAAGAAUUCCGUGUUUAUACUUUCUGGGCCCUCUUCCAACUCCGCUCCUGUUCUCUCUCUCUCUUUUGCAUAUUAUAUACAUGAUCAAUAUAAUUUUAUAGCUGCCUUCAUAUCUGAAACUUUUUAUAACUUCUUCGAGAAAUUUCCUCAACAUCUCUUUGUUCAUACGUCCUUUCUUGAUCAAUCUUAUUUGUAUCUGUUUAUCUUGAAUAUAGAGAAAGACCAACAUACAGUUUUCAUUAAUCAGAAACAUGAUUCAAACAGUUAAGCAUCAUGUUCCAGAUAGUGCUUUUUCGACUCCAUCGUUAUCUUCAACGCCAAGCAGCAGCAGCGGAAGAAGCAGUGAUACGGAUGAAAGCCCAGUGACAUCGUUUAGAUAUGACUUUCAAGAUCUUAAAUUCAAGAUUUUGAACGUGCCCUCAAGUUUUCAUUCGCAUAAAUUGUUAGCAAAUCUAUCGGGUCACAUUGGAUCAGUUUCUUGCCUAGCUUUAUGUGGAGAAUUUAUCCUAAGUGCUUCACAGGGCAAGGAUAUCAUAGUAUGGCAACAGCCUGAUUUGAGGCAAUUCACAAAGUUUGGACAUGGAGAGGGCUCGGUUAAGGCACUUGUCACUGCUGGGAACAAAGUUUUUACAGCACAUCAAGAUAGUAGAAUUAGAGUGUGGAAGGUUUCAAGAAGUUCCGAAAAUUUGUUCAGGCUUCUUGAUACUCUUCCCACUACUAAGGACUAUUUGGGGAAGUUCAUGAAGCAAAGCAAUUACGUGCAAACAAGGCGACAUCAUAAGCGUUUGUGGAUUGAACACACGGAUAGUAUUUCUUGCUUGGCUGUCUCAAACAGUUUAAUUUACUCCGGAUCAUGGGAUAAGACUCUCAAGGUUUGGAGGAUGUCGGAUUUCAAGUGUUUGGAAUCAAUAAAAGCCCAUGACGACGCAAUCAAUGGACUAGUUGCUUCCAAGGGAAUUGUCUACUCUGCAUCAGCAGAUGGGAGGAUCAAAGCCUGGGGGAAGGAGGGGAAGAAUAAUAAGCAUUCGCUUAAGGGAAUUUUUGAGGGGCAUAAGGAUAUAUCACUGAAUUCAAUAGUUGUAAAUGAGGAUGGAAAUUUGGUUUAUGGAGGAGGUUCAGAUGGUUAUAUAAUGGGAUGGUUGGUGAAUAAGGAUUUUGAUAGUUGGAGGGUAAUUUGUGAGACUAAAGCGCAUAAAAUUGCGGUUUUGUGUAUGUGUCUAAUGGGGGAGUUUUUGUGCAGUGGAUCAGCAGAUAAAAGUAUUAGUAUAUGGAAAAGAGAGAUCAAAGGCGGCUUGGUUAGAACAAUGAUCAUUAAAGGCCAUGAAGGGCCAGUUAAAUGCUUGCAGGCAUCUCCAACAAGAGUAGGGGGUGGAUUCAUGCUCUAUAGUGGAAGCCUUGAUAAAAGUCUCAGAGUUUGGUGGGUUCCAAAUUAUUGUUCAACAGAACAGAUCACUUCUUCAAUUGAUGGUACACCCAAAAUUUCGACAGUUUUCGUUUAAGAAGUUUUCAGAUUUGCAAGGGAUUAAGCACUGCUCCUCUUUUCAAGUGUCAACGGUGCAUUUAGAAUCAGUUUUGGCUUUUUUCCUAAGUGUCAAAAUUUGUUUUAAGGUUCAUUUAGAUUGCAGAAAGAAGAAAGGCAAAUUCAAUUCCUUGGUUCUUUAAAAAUUGGUUCUGGGAUAAGUGUUCUGUGUAUUCAGUUUAAGACAAUUUAUUUAGGAAAUAAUUAACACUGCUUGGAAGGAUUAUAUUUAUAAGUGUGUUGUCUCCUUUUGCACUUUGUUGUCUUUUGAAAUGUAAUUAGAUCAUUGAGUGAUUGAAGUUCAAUAAUAUUUUCCCUUUCUCGAGAUA